AACGCCGUGCCAGACACGCAACUGGGGCUCAGUGCCGAGGAGCUCCAGCUGCUCCGGCAAGGCCAGGCGGCUCUGGGAGGCGGCGGGGGCUCGGCAAGCUCUCGGGCAGCCAGCAGAGCCAGCAGCCAAGGCCUCCUGAUGCUGGACAGCACGUCGCUCUCGGCUCUGGGGCGAUACUUUGAUCGAUUGAUGGCCGGCAUCGAACAAAACAUUCGCUAUCUCAGCGAACAAGCCCAGAUGUUCACUCAGGUCCAGUACGACCGAGCCGGCAACAUCAUUGACGGCGCCGAUGCCGAAAUCGCACGCUAUACGGAUAUCCUGCGACAGCUCGAUGAACUCGAGGUCGAUUUCGACAGGAUAGCCCACAUCAAGGAAAUCGUCAAGGGAUACAGAUCAAGGGUUGAAACACUGGAAAGAGACUUGGAGAGCAGCGGUGGCUCGUCAAGUCGACACAAACAU